ACGGCGUCGACUUGAUCCGUCUCUUGAACAAGUUGACCCUCCAACAUCAUUUGAGGUCGCGACGGCCCAGCAACCGAACAAUAUUCGACGGAUCUCCAAAGCCAUGAGGCUCACUAGAGGUAUCCGCACUGGCACGCCGUUCGGCGCUUUUCAGAGCUGCAGGCUUGCGACCGGCCAAUUAGCUAGAAGGAUCUCCGCGACGCAAGUGAUCCCUGCAUCAUGGGGCCGCGCAGGUCCCUUGCGGCUCGGGGGGGCCUCACAUCAGCAAGUUGACUCUCUCAGGGCAGCUCGAUGCUACGGCGCUGGGUAUCGAUUGAUGUCGAGCAGUCCAGCUGCGCAUGGACUGGAAAGGUUGCCGGACAAGGUUCAGGUACGAACCGGCCCGAUUGGCAGUCUGACGUAUAGGUUGUCGAAGGUGCUCGAGCCCAGAACGUCGGAUCAUAUCACUACACGGGUGGGAAGCUCUUUUGGAGGGAAUCAUUCUCUGGAAUGGAUGCAUUUGCCUCGCAACGUUUUACUGGUUGUGAAACAAGGAGAUCAAGCUGCCAAUGCUGCUGCAUCGAAGAUAGCAGAAUACUUGACAGCUUUCCAUCCAGACAGCAACGUGAUAGUCGAAGAUGCAGACGUGUUUGCCCAGAUGCAAAAUCGCUUCCCAAAGCUGCUGUCCUUUUCUCCAGCCGAAAAGCCCUUGCUGGCUAAAAAGGUUGAUUUCAUCAUCACUCUUGGUGGUGAUGGGACCAUACUACAUGCAUCAUCGCUUUUCGACGACGCUCCUGUGCCUCCCGUGCUUUCCUUCUCUAUGGGGACACUGGGCUUCCUUUUACCUUUUCAUAUUGGCGCGUUCGAGCACGCCCUGCAAGAGCUAUUUUCGGGAAAGGCUUCGCUCUUGCUGCGGAUGCGACUGCAAAUGAGCGUGCAUGGACCCAAUGGGCAAGAGCUUCCGAGACGGCCACACAAACAGCAAGUCCACCUCAUGAAUGAAGUGGCGCUACACAGAGGUAGAGAACCUCACUUGACGAUGAUCGACGCCUUCGUCGACGGACGACACUUGACACAAGCAAUCUCGGAUGGUCUUAUCAUUGCUACCCCGACCGGGAGCACUGCUUAUUCGCUAUCAGCAGGUGGUCCCAUUGUACACCCAUCAGCACAAAGCCUGGUACUCACACCUAUCUGCCCUCGCUCGUUGAGCUUCCGUUCGGUGAUCUUGCCGAGUGAUUCCACCGUGCAAUUGAAGAUAUCGAAGACCUCACGUUCGCCUGCUGAGCUCAUCGUAGAUGGUCAAGACCUUGGAGUGCUUUCUCCGGGCGAGUAUCUGCAAGUCGCCAUGUCGCCGUACCCAAUACCUUGCGUCAACAGGUCCAGCGGCACGUUGGGUCCGCACGCCGCGGCGCGCUCAAAGGAGCCGACGCUUCUGGACGAGGCUAUAGAGUCCAAUGGAGCUCGGAGAGCGGAGGAAGAACACCGACCUCUCAGCUCAGCUAGCCACAGCGAGCGCGGAGACGAUGAUUGGGUCAGAGACAUCAACACUCUGCUCAAGUUCAAUGCGUCCUUCGGCAAAGGCGCGUUAGAAAACCCUCUGGAUGACACUGCUGGUGCAGCAACGAGCAAAUGACGAAUAUACUGCAAUGUGUCUGGCCAUAAGUGCAGUGUCAGCAAUCACCUCGCGAUUCUCGAGCAGCAGAGGCAUAAGCUCAGUCGGCCGACCAAGUGAUCGCGGCGUCUUUGCCACGCUCCAAAAAACACAGUCUACGCGCCACAAGGUGGCAAGACUCGGUCAAAGCCUGG